CGGAAGUCAUUUCGUCGAGCUGGAGCCAAAACACGGGCACACCUAAAACAGAACACGGCCGUGUUCUGUGGCCGUGCUUUUACUGCCAAGAGCAAAUUCGAGUUUGGCAUACAUGAGCUGAUUACACGGGCAGGGCCAAGACAAAGCACGGUCGUGUCCACCCAAAGCACGGCCGUGUCCUCCCAAAAGCACGGCCGUGUUUCUCCCAACUGCUGGCCGUGUAAUUAACCCUAGCCAAAGCACGGGCGGGCUGAGGCAAAGCACGCCCGUGCCCUCGACCGUGCUUUGGCCACUGAUGCCCUUUUAAGCAGAUUUCAGCCAAAACAGAAGGGGAUUCGAGUUUUGAGAGAGAUAGAGCGAUUCCUAGAGAGAGAAAGUGACAAACAAGAGUCUCCAAGUGCCCUAGCUUGAUCUUCAUCACCAUUGGAGGCCAGUUUGAGCUUGGAGAAGUGCCGAUCAACGUCCAGGAGCAGGAAUCCAUCCUUCACUGUAUGAAUUCCGCGUCUGAUUCUGCUUUUGCUUCUUUCUCCAUGGAGUAGUUCUCCCAUUCAUCUGGGUAUGGAGAACCCUAGAUUUGUAUGUUAGGAUUGAUUGUAUGAACCCAAGUACUGAUUCUAUGAUUUGAUUAUAUUCGAUUGAGGUUUGAAUGAUUGAAUGGCAUGAAUCCUGAUCAAAUUCCUGUUGUUUCUGCUUUAACCUAGAAUGAGAAUAUCUGCCUAGUUUGAUAGAGCAUCCUUGAUUGAAGGUAGGGAGUUGGUGACUUUAGUCGAGGAGCCAACUCACUAUUCUGUACCGGAUUUACUCCGGUAGUGGAGGUUUUGGUUGUUAAGGCCUCAAUCUGUUUACUCCGGUGGAGGUUAGUCGCCCGCUAGAGACUCAGAUUGACAGGGUCUGAAGACCUUUAGUCGAGACUUCAGGCUGUUUAAGAACCUUCCGCAGUAUAACUAUCAUAGAGACUGAACUUGGUAAUUACAAUCCGGCUUAACUGCAGUCUAGGGGGAACCAUAUCCGGGUGACCUCUCUUAACCUGAAUACAACAAUUACUUGCUUUGUUAGUUUGUUAGUUUAGACUUGCAUUAAAGUUUCAUUGCUAGAUAACAAGAAUUCACCGAGUAGUCAUCAAAUCUAGGACCCGGGUUGAUAUUAAAACCCAAACCCGCUAUACUACGCUUUAGGAAGUGGUUUCACUUGGCCAAUUCCUAGGGUGACAGUAGAAGUGAGUCAGUACCAUCGGCUGCCAAUGGAUUUUGCUGGGAAUGACGAUCCAAGGCCAGGAAAGAGAUCUCGAGUCAAUUCCUUAUAGCAGAGGCUGAGAAGGCAUCCUCCUGCAAAGUGGAUUACCUUCGAAUCGUAUUUGCCUCUGUAAUAUUGGCUUCUAAUUGAAUGUUGCUUUUUUUCCAUUGAAAGUGAUUUCAGAGAGGGAAUUAUAUUUUCCAUUUUGAUUAUCUUUCCUGUGAAAUUGAACUAUGGAGGCGUUAAGCUGUUGAGAUUAAUUAGGUUUCUGGGGAGCUCCAUGUUUAGGUUUUUUUUUUUUUUUGUGGAUAGACUUGUGAUAGUUCAUUGUGAUUUAUUAGGGUUGGCAGUGUUAUAAUUGUGCUUAAUGAUGUUUUGCAGAGGACAGGCUUCGGUGAAGCUGUGAUCUUUUGCCCAUUAAUCCGGCAAUGGCAGAUUCAGGAGAAUCUCAACAGCCUGAACAAAUAUGCAGCUUUUUCAGAAAGCCAACUAAGGGGAAGAACAUCAGGAAGAGAAUAGUAGAAGACGAUGAUGCCGAGGAUCCAAAAACCGACAGCUCUUUCUUAAACAAUCAGAAGAAGGUGUCAAAGUCUGAUAACAAGCUAUACUUCUCGACAGGACCUUCCAAGAGCUCAAAGCCAUCUGAUUCCAACUCGGACAACAAUGAGAAAUCCAUCUUUCAGUUUCAGUCUUCAAAGGAAAUUCAGGUACAAAAUGACAGUAGGGCAACAUCAACUCUGGAAACCGAGACAGACUUUGGAAGAGAUGCAAGGGCAAUACGUGAAAGAGCUCUUAAGAAAGCAGAGGAGGAUCUGAAGGGUAACAAACAGAUUUCUUCAGGCGGCAAUGAGAAGCUAUACAAAGGAAUUCAUGGGUAUACAGAUCACAAAGCUGGAUUUAGAAGAGAGCUAACAAUCGCAAGUGAGAAAGCUGGUGGAUCACAUGGGCCACUUAGGGCAUCUGCACACAUCAGGGUCUCAGCAAGGUUUGAUUAUCAGCCGGAUAUAUGUAAAGAUUACAAAGAGACCGGUUACUGUGGUUAUGGAGAUUCUUGCAAGUUUAUGCAUGAUCGAGGGGAUUACAAGUCUGGAUGGCAAAUGGAGAAUGAGUGGGAUGAGGCAGAGAAGGCAAGGAAGAGGAAAUUAGCUAUGGGUGCGUUGGCCAAGGAGGAAGGUGAAUUUGAUGAAGCCAAUGAUGAUGACGACGAUGAUGACGAGGAUGCGCUGCCAUUUGCAUGUUUCAUUUGUAGGGAGCCUUUUGAAGAUCCUGUUGUGACCAAGUGCAAGCAUUACUUCUGUGAACAUUGUGCUCUAAAGCAUCAUUCCAAGAACAAGAAAUGCUUAGUCUGCAACAAGCCGACGCUGGGUAUUUUCAACACUGCUCAUGAAAUACGCAAGAGGAUGGCAGAGGCGAACAAAUGAUCAUGCUGGCUUGCUGCAGAUGCUGUAUCGGCUGAUCACUUUUUGAGUCCCUGACACGGGCUGUUGCAUCUUCCCGGCUCAUGACACUUCUAGCAAUUUCAUUUUAAGAGAGUUAUUAGUGAUCUAGUAUGACACCUUCACAUUGCGAGUAUACCAUGUAAUCAAAAAGUUGAUCUGCAGGCUUCUGGAGUCCUGAUUUGCUUGUAUUUCGUAGACAGUUCUUUUCAUGUCUACACUGAUACGAUUGCGAAUUUCAUCCUCCAAUUAAAUUUCAACCAAAUAGGUGCAUGAAAGAUCUUAAGGGGUUGUUUGGAUUAGGAAAUGUGGGUAGGGAUUUUGUCACAAUUUCUUGUCAUUAGGGAUUUUGUCACAAUUCUUUGUUUGAAUAGGAAAAUGAAAAUGAGGGAUUUGAGUCACUAGGAAUUUCGAAAAUCCUAUCAUUAGAGAAUUUAAAAUAGCUGAUGGACCUCAGAUUUUUUGAAAUCUCUUGCCUAUUUUUUUCCAACCUUCCUAAUUUAUCCCUCCUUAUUUUUUGGUAUUACUUUCUUACCCUCACUCUUUAUUCAACGACCCACCACUUCCAAUUGUCUAGAACCAGAAGUUUGCACAGGCCUACCAUACUUUGUGCUUUAAUAAACUGUUAAUAUUGGGGGUCGUGUAGAUUCGAACACACGACCACUUGGUCAAACCAGCUCUGAUACCAUGUCAAAACCAGUUGCUCCCAAUAACUCGAGUUGUUGGUCUGUUGGAUCUUAUACCACUCUCUAACACCAAUCUCUCUUUCCCAUCUACAUCUCUUUCUUCCCUCCCGAUACGAGAAGCUGCAAGCAGAGUUUCAACCUCACAUCAUUGGCGACUGUAGCGGAGAUAAACCUAGCGACGUCGGCAACUACAGCGAAGUUUUACCAGCUCCGAUCUACACCGACGUUGACGGUCGUCUUGAAGUCCGUCCAAUCUCCAUUUUCGAUCUCGCCAGCUUUGCGUGGGAUUUGUGCUUCGGACUCAACCAAUUGAAGCUUGGAAUCGGUUUAGGACUGAUUUGGUCUCAGAGAUGUGGCAAACUCGACUUGCUAGAUUUCGAGCUUCGUCUUGAGUUUGAUUCAUUGUUGUUUGGCUGUAUUCAUUAAAUAUUGAGGACUUGUUCAGUUGUAAUGGUUAAUACAUGUUCAGUUGUAAUUCAAGGUAGUUGUUUUGACAAGUAGACAAAAUUGGGAUCCCCUCUUUGCCCCUCCUUUUUUGUGUUAGUGUUUUCACUUUUGAAAUAUUACUACUACUCAGUUUUGGAUUGUGAAAGAAGUUGAAAGUUUUAGAUGAAUCCCAUGAAUUUAUCUGAAUAUUGGAUCAUGGCAUAAUAGCUUUUCUGUGGUUUUAAACUUGUUGCUUAAUUUGAAUGGAGGCUGUGUUCGGCGCAGUUGGGUUGUUAUUUAAUGAAUGCCUAUUUGGUCGCAGACUCGCAGUGUUUGAUCCGUCUAUGGACCAACUUUUGCUUUUUGUCAGUGAUUCUCAUGGCUAGUAGUAGUCUCAAUGAUUGAUUUUUGCUUUGCUGGGUGCAGACCUGUUAGUAUGAGCAGCAAGUUCCUCUCGACAUGAUCGAAACAGAAAUAGGGACUUAUCUAAGCUCGUACCAAGUACUAAGUAUAUUGUUUGCUGGCUUUAGUUGGGCAUUAAGAAACACCUAGGUAAGCCACAAGGAUAAGCUCAUGCACACGCAGGGUAAGAUAUGUAUGCCAAUUGCAAAACCCUAUAAGCAGUGAUCAUUUGUUUCCCUCCUUUUCAAUGUCCGUUUAAGAUGCCUGCUUUAUUGUAGUCUAGUUGAAGCUGAUAUUGAUUUAGUUGUUUAUCUUGUUUCCAUUUGUAAUGAAUACAAUGUUCUAUUCAUAGAUUGGUUGUAUUAUGUGUGUUUAAUGGUACUUAUCUAUAGCAGUACGAAACUAGAGUUGUUUAUAUUGUUCUCUUUGUACUUAUCUAGGCUAAGACAUGGAUAUCCUCUUUUGUAUUGUUCUGUUUUGCAGCAUGGGAAAGUGAAAGCAAUGUGAUGAAGAUGUGGAUGGUGCUUGCUCUAAGAAAUAUACGUACUGGAAAGAGGAACUAGGAAAGCCAUUUGUUGACUGUAUUCUGGAGCUAGUAGAGAAGGGGCAGAUCAUUGACGCCAACUGCAAGAAUGGGGCUUAUAACCAGUUAAAGAAACUGUUGCAGGAAAGAGUGUCGGGAUGCAGGGUCAAGGCAUAUCCUAACAUUGAAGGCAGGUUCAAAAAACUGAAAAAGAGAUGGCAUGCAAUAACAUUUAUGAGGAAACAAAGUGGUUGGGGAUGGGACGAGGUCAAUAAAUGCAUUGUAUGUCCCGAG